UCAUCCUUCUCUCUGCAUUGCUCCCUUCUCCUCCUUUCCCAUUGCUGUGCUUUCUCUUUCUUUCCCUGUACUUCUCCCCUCUUUUUCCCCCCAAACAACUACCGUCUGCUCUCUUCUUACUCCUCACACUCACCCCCUCUUUCUCUCCAUCUCAUUACCCUCUCCUGUCCUCUUUUGGUGCAUGGAGAGAGGGUCUCUGGCCCCCACCUGCAUCCCUCCUCUCCACCUCCCUCCAUGGGCGUCCGAGCAUCCUGCAGGCCAGACCCUGCAUCCCAGCAGAAUGACUCUCCUCUCCCAGACCAGGAUGAGGAGAUACUGGGCUCUGACGAUGAGGAGCAGGAAGACCCCAAUGACUACUGUAGAGGAGGUUACCACCAUGUGAAGAUAGGAGACCUGUUCAAUGGAAGAUACCAUGUGAUCAGGAAGCUGGGCUGGGGACAUUUCUCCACCGUGUGGUUGGCCUGGGACAUACAAGGGAAGUGUUUUGUGGCCAUGAAGGUGGUGAAGAGUGCAGAGCAUUACACUGAGACAGCCCUGGAUGAGAUCAAGCUGCUGAGAUCAGUCAGGAACACGGACCAGAAGGACCCCAGCAGGGAGAGGGUAGUUCAGUUACUGGAUGACUUCAAGAUCUCUGGCAUGAACGGAACUCAUGUCUGUAUGGUGUUUGAGGUUCUGGGUCAUCACCUGCUGAAGUGGAUCAUCAAGUCUAACUACCAGGGCCUUCCUCUGCCCUGCGUCAAGAGCAUCAUAGGACAGGUUCUCCAGGGCCUGGACUACCUUCACUCCAAGUGUAAGAUCAUCCAUACAGACAUCAAGCCAGAGAACAUCCUGUUGACGGUCAACGAGCCCUACAUCAAGAAGAUGGCUGCCGAGGCAACAGAAUGGCAGAGGACUGGAGCUCCACCCCCCUCCGGUUCCGCAGUGAGCACAGCUCCAGCACCCAAACCAACGGUGAAGAUGUCUAAGAACAAGAAGAAGAAGAUGAAGAAGAAACAGAAGAAGCAGGCAGAGAUGUUAGAGAAGAGGAUUCAGGAGAUGGAGGGAGCGCCGGAAGGAGGAGAGGAAGAGGAGGAGGGGGAGGAAGAGACCACCGCAGACACCCCCCCGCCCUCGUCUGACACGCUACAGGACACGGCUAAUGAUUUCACAGCAGGUCCAGAUAAACCGGAAGAGAAGCAGGAGGAGGAGGAGAGCAGGAUGGAGGUGACCUGCAACGGCCACGCAGAGGAAGACACUGCAAGCCAGGAGGUACAGAGGACUGAGGAAGAAGAGGAGAAAGACGAAGAGGACCAACAGAAAGCCAACAAACUCAACGCCAGCACGGAGGGUCGGGACCUGCCGGUCAAUGCAACUUACCCAGAGUACAACGGCAAAGGUCCCGGUGACCCACACGAUCCCGGUACAGAUGGUAAACAAGGGAGAGAGCAGGGGAAGGAGAGCGAGGUGGAGUGUAAACGACUAGAGAUGGAGACUGAGGUGAUGCCUGGAAUAGAGGAUGAAGAGGAGGAGGAGAGGAACGAUAAAGUAGCAGCAGGUAGUCUGUUGGUCAACCCUCUGGAACCUCUCAAUGCAGACAAGAUCCAGAUCAAAAUCGCUGACCUGGGGAACGCCUGCUGGGUGCACAAACACUUUACAGAUGACAUACAAACUCGCCAGUACCGUUCUCUGGAGGUGUUGAUGGGAGCGGGCUACGGGACGCCUGCUGAUAUCUGGAGUACUGCUGCUAUGGCCUUUGAGCUGGCUACAGGGGACUACCUGUUUGAGCCUCACUCCGGACAGGACUACACCAGAGAUGAAGACCACAUCGCGCUGAUCAUUGAGCUGCUGGGUAAAGUUCCUAGGAAGCUGAUCCUAGCAGGAAAAUACUCCAAGGAAUUCUUCACCAAGAAAGGGGACCUCCGGCACAUCACCAAGCUGAAGCCGUGGGGUCUGUUGGAGGUGUUGGUAGAGAAGUAUGAGUGGUCUAAAGAGGAGGCAGCUACCUUCUCCAGCUUCCUGCUCCCAAUGUUAGACCUGGUACCAGAGAAGAGAGCCACGGCUGCGGAGUGCCUCCGACACGCAUGGAUCGCCCCCUAGAGGAUCCCCGGCGCUACCACAGCCACAAGCAGCACAUAUGCAGUACAUACAGCCGGACGUGUACAUAAACACACAUUCAAACAUACGUAAACACACACCUCAACGGAGAGCCAGGGCUUUCACUAUGACUGCAACUCCACCUAGUGGUUCAACACACACACACACGGCUGAACACCCUCGUGUCCUCGGUAUAAUCCAGUAGAACUCUUAUCUGUUCGUCUGUUAUUUGGUUCCUUGUUUGAACUGACUGGAUAUCACUUGAGUAUCAAUGUCUUUUCUCUCUGUACCAACGAUGACACCUAGGUAACUUUUUUUGUUCUGAGAAUAUCCUGUCUUUUUUUUAGUUUUUUGUCUUGUUUGAUUGAAUACACACCUGUCAGAGUUACAUUUACAUUUAAGUCAUUUAGCAGACGCUCUUAUCCAGAGCGACUUACAAAUUGGAGUUAAGAUCAGACCUCCAAUGGAUCAUAUCUCCAGAACACCAACUGUCUGUACCACUAGACUACCACAUCAGAAUGGUUUUUUUUUAUGUACAGUAUUGAUAAGAGGUUAGUUUGGAUCUUUAUUUUGUGUUUGUGGGGAAGAGUAGCUGCCUAGAAUACGAUAAAGAAGGUUUGGACUGUCAUAGAUUCUAAGGAUUCUCCAUGAAAUCUUCCUGAACUGGGAACCGAUGUGAAUGAACUGAAACUUCCUGAACGGAAUGGAACCGUCUGGUCCCGUAAGAUCGUCCCUGUCCUUCGGUGUCACGCUCCGGGUAGCAGCUUUGUAAUAGCACUUCGCACAAUGUGGGGAUAGUACCAUGAACCAAAUGUAAUGUACUACUUUCUGUUACCUGCAUGGGUCCACAGACCAUGACUAAUGCUACUGAAUAACCAUGUUUCAUAUGUUCUCCUGUGGUGUUUAACGUUCCACACAAGGUUUGCCUCAGAAAAAAAUAAAAUAAAUAUGUGGGUGUUAGCUAGAUGGUGUGAUACAAUAUCAUGACAAUUUCCUACUUUCACAAUAUAAUCAGAAUACAGAAUACUACUGUAUCUGAUUCAAGAACAUCCGAUUUUUAUUUUCUAUUCAGAAGGUCGUGGUUGCCUUCCAAAAAUGUCCACCCUGUUCCCUAUAAAGUUAGGAACAGGGUGCCAUUUUGAACGGGCCCCUGUGUUGUACAUAUCUGUGCUCAAAACGUUGACCUUGGUUCUCUGCUUUCCCUCUACAGAACAGCUGCUGUUUCAACGGUGUACGUUUACACCGUUGAGAGGAUGCUGUCUGUGUCCCAAAUGGCACCCUAUUCCCUACAUAGGGCACUACUUUUGACCAGAUUCUUAAGGGCCCAGUUCAAAAGUGGUGCACUAUAUAGGGAAUAGGGUGCCACUUGGGACGGAGCAUGUCUGCGUCGUUUCGGAUGUCAACUGAUGCCUUGAGACGCAUUUGCUAGUUUUUUGCUGCAUUUUAAAACAUAUUUUCAUACUGAUGUUGCCCCGCUUGCAGUGGUCUGCUGUUUUAACUGCAUCAAAGAGAAACUACAUUGUGGAUUGUAAUAAUAAUGAGGCUGGAAUAAGGCUUUGAAGGCUCUCCCCCCCUCCCCUGUUGCUCUUUUUCUACAAGCCUCUUUCCCUUCUCUCUUUCCCUGACCGCCUCUUCCUCCUCUGCCUUUGAUUGUUUACUGCUAAAUCGAGCCUCUUUUCUGUACUUAAUAAAAAAUGAACAUUUUAAAAA